AUGGCUCCUCGGCGCAAGGCUUCGUCUGUCCCAGAGGGCUACAAGGAGGACUUCUCCAAAGGCAACCUGUACCGUUUUGAAGAUUCUCUCCCCCGUCUACCAGUACCCUCUCUGGAAGAAACCGCUCGUCGUUACCUAAAGUCUGUCCAUGCUGUGGUCUCAGAAGCCGAGUAUGAGCGCACCAAGAAGGCUGUGGAGGCUUUCGUGAAGCCCGGUGGUGAGGGACAGGUUCUUCAGGAGAGAUUGCUGGCCCGCGCAGCCGAUCCCAAGAUCAAGAAUUGGCUCACCGAAUGGUGGAACCAUGCCGCUUACCUGGGUUAUCGCGAUCCCGUGAUCCCCUACGUCUCUUAUUUCUACUCCUAUCGGGAUGAUCGCUCCCGCCGGAACCCGGUCAAGCGCGCCGCAUCCGUCGCCACCGCGGCGUUGGAAUUCAAGCGUCAGGUGGAUGACGGCUCGCUGGAGCCCGAAUACAUGCGGAAGCAGCCCAUUGCAAUGAGCUCGUAUGAAUACAUGUUCAACUGCUGCCGUAUUCCCGCCGAUGGUGCGGAUUACCCUCAGAAAUAUUCCGCCAAGGACAACGAGCACAUUGUUGUGGUGCGGAAGAACCAAUUCUUCAAGGUGCCCCUGGUGGUGAAUGGCCAGCCGUUGAACGUGUCUGAACUGGAGAAGCAAUUUGAACGCAUUUAUCAGGUCGCACAGCCAUCUCCGCCGGUCGGUGUUCUGACCGUUGCUAACCGCGAUCUUUGGACUGAGGGUCGGAAGAAGCUUGUGGCGGCCCACCCGGCCAACGAGCAAGCGCUGCGCGACAUCGAGUCGAGCGGAUUCUUGAUCUGUCUGGAUGAUGCUAGUCCGGUGACCCUGGAGGAGCGGGCACAUCAAUACUGGCAUGGAGAUGGCACCAACCGCUGGUUUGAUAAACCGCUGCAGUUUAUCAUUAACGACAACGGAACUGCCGGCUUCACAGGUGAGCACAGCAUGAUGGACGGCAGCCCUACCCACCGCCUGAACGACCAUCUCAACAACCUCAUUUUCAACAACAAGAUCGACCUGUCGGAGAAGUCGGUGCGCUCUGAUCUGCCCGACCCCCGUCCAAUCAACUUCCACCUGAACAACGAGGUGCUGGAGUCGAUUGAUGCGGCCGCUAAGGAGCACCGUCAGCAGAUCUCUUCGCAUGAGCUACGAGUGCAGGCCUACCAGGGCUAUGGCAAGGGCCUCAUCAAGAAGUUCAAUUGCAGCCCGGAUGCCUACGUGCAGAUGGUCAUCCAGCUGGCCUAUUUCAAAAUGUACGGCAAGAACCGGCCGACAUACGAGUCGGCAGCGACACGCAAGUUCCAGGAAGGUCGUACCGAGACGAUUCGGUCGGUGUCGGAUGAGAGCGUAGCUUUCUGCAAGGCAAUCACCGACCCCUCCGUGCCUCGCGAGGAAGCUGUGCGUCUGUUCCGUACGGCGCUGGCUGCCCACACCAAGUAUACCACGGAGGCAAGCGACGGCCGUGGAGUUGACCGCCAUCUGUUUGGUCUGAAGAAACUUGUCCGUGAAGGCGAGAAGCUUCCCGCGCUGUAUGAAGACCCAGCGUACGCCUACAGCGGGUCGUGGUAUCUCUCGACCAGCCAGCUGAGCUCGGAAUUCUUCAAUGGAUACGGAUGGAGUCAAGUGAUUGACGAUGGAUUUGGCAUCGCCUACAUGAUCAAUGAGAACAGCCUGAACUUCAACAUUGUCUGCAAGCGCAUUGGCGCCGAGCGUAUGAGCUACUAUUUGAGCGAGGCAGCAUCGGACAUGAGGGACAUGCUGAUGCCCGAUCUGGCAGCCCAGACCGAGAAAGCCAAGAUGUAA